AUGGUGCAAGAGAGGGUGGUUCUAGGCUAUAAAAUUUCAACAAGAGGUAUUGAGGUAGAUAGAGUAAAGGUGGAAGUAAUUGAAAAAUUACCUCCAUCAACAUCAGUGAAAGUAGUAAGAAGUUUCCUUGGGCAUGCAGACUUCUAUAGGAGAUUUAUAAAGGAUUUUUCUAAGAUCACCAAGCCUCUUUAUAAUUUGUUACUUAAGGAUGCACCAUUUCAAUUUACUGAUGAAUGUUUAAUUGCUUUUGAUAGGUUAAAGAAAGAGUUAAUUUCAGCUCCUAUCAUUAUUGCACUAGUUUGGAGUUUGCCUUUCGAGUUGAUGUGUAAUGCAAGUGAUUUUGCAAUUGGAGCAGUAUUGGGGCAAAGGAAGGAGAACAGACUUCAUAUGGUGUAUUAUGCAAGCAAAACUCUAAAUGAUUCUCAACUAAAUUAUGUCAUAGCUGAGAAAGAGAUGCUAGCUAUUGAGUUUGAUUUGGAAAUUAGAGACAAGAAAGGAGUGAAAAAUCUUGUAGCAUGUCAUUUGUCUCGAUUAGAGUUUGAAGAGCAAGAAGAGAAAUAUGAGCUACCCAUAAAUGAAUCAUUUCCUAAUGACCAAUUAAUGUGUCAAAGGACCGACAACAUCUCAAAUAAGCAUGAAAUGCCUUUAACAAGUAUCUUAGAAUUUGAAUUGUUUGAUGUUUGGGGUUUAGAUUUUAUGGGAUCUUUUCCUGCUACUUAUUCUAAUCAUUAUAUUUUGGUGGCAGUUGACUAUGUAUCUAAAUGUGUUGAAGCCAUUGCUUUUCCAACAAAUGACUCCAAAAGUACACCGUAUCAUCUACAAAUGAGUGGCCAAAUGGAGAUUUCUAAUAAAAAGCUCAAAAGAAUUUUGGAGACUACAGUGAAAGCUUCAAGGAAAGAUUGGUCUAAGAAAUUGGAUAAUACAUUGUGGACAUAUAGGAUGAAAUACAAGACACCGAUUGGAACAUCUCCAUAUCAUUUGGUGUGCGGUAAAGCUUGCCAUUUACCUAUGGAAUUGGAGCAUAGGGCCUAUUGGGCAACAAGAUUGUUGAAUAUGGAUGCAAAAGUUAUUGGAAAGGAAAAAAAUUCUUCAGUUAAAUGA